UCUUCCGCGACGCAGAACAAGAAAGAUUCUUGGCACAGGCAAUGAUCCUCUUUCAUGGCCGGCUAUUCGGACAAAUUUUUUGUUGCCAUAUGGCAAAAAUUUUAUUCUUGUUCUGCAUGCAUUCUUCUGUCUUCAGUGUUCUUUUCCGUGUACGGCUAUUGCCGGGCUCGUUGAAUCCAAAGUGACGUUGAUUGCUUCCUCCCCAUCCGCAUAAAAAUGGGCUUGUAUUUAUUUCUCAACUUCCAUUCUUGUUGUACUCUGCCACUCUCUGAAAAUCGCCAAACCCAAGUGUUUGGCUGGUUUACUGAGGGCCCUUGUGAGAAAUUUUGGGUGAUAAUUUCGUGCUACAUCCAUUGAAGCAUUCAUUUAGCGUUUGAGGAGGGCCUUGAAAGGAGGCUUGCUGGUUGGUGAAUAUAUUUGCCAAAGGAGAUCUAAGAAUGGAUGAAAAAUCUGUAGCGCUAGAUGCUGUUCUUAAGGAAGAAGUAGACCUGGAGAACAUACCCCUUGAAGAGGUUUUUCAAUGUCUUAAAUGCACACGAGAGGGCUUGAGGGCGGAUCAAGUUCAGAAAAGACUGGAGUUGUUUGGAUACAAUAAGCUUGAAGAGAAAAAGGAAAGCAAAAUUCUAAAGUUUCUGGGUUUUAUGUGGAAUCCUUUAUCGUGGGUGAUGGAAGCGGCAGCUGUAAUGGCCAUUGCUCUUGCACAUGGUGGGAACAAGCCCUCUGAUGUUCCUGACUUCUUGGGCAUCAUUAUCUUGCUCUUUAUCAAUUCCACAAUCAGUUUUAUCGAGGAAAAUAAUGCUGGCAAUGCAGCAGCUGCUCUUAUGGCUCGACUGGCUCCAAAAGCCAAGGUUCUACGAGAUGGAAAGUGGAGUGAGGAAGAAGCUGCAAUUUUGGUUCCUGGUGAUAUUAUUAGUAUCAAACUUGGAGAUAUUAUUCCAGCUGAUGCACGUCUUUUGGAAGGAGAUCCUCUUAAGAUAGACCAGUCUGCUCUUACCGGCGAGUCACUUCCUGUGACCAAGAAUCCUGGUGAUGGGGUGUAUUCAGGUUCAACAUGUAAGCAGGGAGAAAUUGAAGCGGUGGUUAUAGCAACUGGAGUACAUACGUUCUUUGGUAAAGCUGCUCAUCUUGUAGAGAACACCAACCAUGUGGGGCAUUUUCAGAAGGUUUUAACCUCAAUAGGGAACUUCUGCAUUUGCUCAAUUGCAGUUGGAAUGGUGAUUGAGAUUAUUGUAAUAUAUGGCCUCCAGGAGAGACCAUAUCGUCCUGGUAUUGAUAAUCUUCUCGUAUUGCUCAUUGGUGGGAUUCCCAUUGCAAUGCCAACUGUUCUUUCUGUUACCAUGGCGAUUGGAUCACAUCGCUUAUCUCAGCAGGGUGCCAUAACAAAGAGGAUGACAGCGAUUGAGGAAAUGGCUGGGAUGGAUGUUCUUUGCAGUGACAAAACGGGAACCCUGACUCUGAACAAACUUACUGUGGACAAGAACAUGAUUGAGGUUUUUGCCAAAGGAGUUGACAAGGACACGGUGGUCCUGAUGGCUGCAAGAGCAUCAAGGUUGGAGAAUCAAGAUGCUAUUGACACUGCAAUUGUAUCAAUGCUGGCAGACCCAAAGGAGGCACGUGCUAGGAUUACGGAAGUGCACUUCCUUCCGUUCAAUCCAACAGACAAGAGAACAGCUCUAACAUACAUAGAUGAGGCUGGUAAAAUGCAUAGGGUGAGCAAAGGAGCACCGGAACAGAUUCUUAAUCUAGCACAUAACAGAUCAGAAAUUGAAAGAAGGGUGCAUUCCAUAAUUGACAAAUUUGCCGAACGAGGUUUGAGGUCCCUUGCAGUUGCACGCCAGGAAGUACCAGCUGGCAACAAAGACAGUCCUGGUGGUCCCUGGGAAUUUGUUGGCCUUCUCCCACUCUUUGAUCCUCCUCGUCAUGACAGUGCCGAAACAAUUAGCAGAGCCCUGGAUCUUGGUGUGAGUGUUAAAAUGAUAACAGGUGACCAGUUGGCAAUUGCUAAGGAGACGGGAAGACGGCUUGGGAUGGGCACAAAUAUGUACCCUGCGUCCUCUUUGCUUGGUGAUGGUAAGGAUGAAGCUAAUGCAGCUCUACCAGUUGAUGAACUCAUUGAGAAGGCGGAUGGUUUUGCUGGUGUGUUUCCAGAACAUAAAUAUGAGAUUGUGAAAAAAUUACAAGCUAGAAAGCACAUCUGUGGAAUGACUGGCGAUGGUGUAAAUGAUGCACCUGCCCUAAAAAUAGCUGAUAUCGGAAUUGCUGUAGCAGAUUCCACUGAUGCUGCCCGUAGUGCUUCUGAUAUAGUUCUGACAGAGCCAGGAUUAAGUGUAAUCAUCAGUGCUGUCUUAACAAGCCGUGCAAUAUUUCAAAGAAUGAAGAAUUAUACGAUAUAUGCUGUGUCUAUCACCAUACGUAUAGUGUUGGGAUUUAUGCUGCUCACAGUGUUCUGGAAAUUUGACUUCCCUCCUUUCAUGGUUCUCGUCAUUGCAAUUCUUAAUGAUGGGACAAUCAUGACAAUAUCUAAAGACAGGGUCAGACCCUCUCCAGUUCCAGACAGUUGGAAGCUAAGUGAGAUUUUUGCCACUGGUAUUGUCCUUGGAGGUUAUUUGGCUUUAAUGACCGUUAUAUUUUUCUGGGCUGCAUAUGAAACAAACUUCUUUCCGAACACCUUCCACGUAAGGAACUUCAACCGCCACCUCCGCAACAUGUCAAAUGAUUCACAAGCCAAACCUCUCAAUGAAAUGAUGGCAUCGGCAGUUUAUCUUCAAGUCAGCACCAUCAGCCAGGCCUUAAUUUUCGUAACUCGAUCAAGAGGAAUUUCUUUCAUGGAACGCCCUGGUCUCCUGCUUGUGACUGCCUUUAUAAUUGCACAACUGGUAGCAACCAUUAUAUCUGCCACAGCAACUGUGAAAUUUGCUGGAAUCAGAAGCAUAGGUUGGGGCUGGACAGGAGUGAUCUGGCUAUAUAAUUUUCUGACUUAUCUACUUCUUGAUCCCAUUAAAUUCGCCGUUAGAUAUGCACUCAGUGGAAGAGCUUGGGGUCUGGUGCUGGAAAAACGAACUGCAUUCUCCACCAAAAAGGACUUUGGAAGGGGAACACGUGAGGCUGCAUGGGCAGCUGAACAACGAACGCUGCAUGGGCUUCAAUAUGCUGAACGAAAAAUGUUUGAAAAGAGCAGUUUUGGGGACAUCAAUCUCAUGGCAGAAGAAGCUAAACGACGUGCAGAACUUGCAAGGCUGAGAGAGAUCCACACUCUGAAGGGCAGGGUGGAGUCUUUCGCCAAGCUAAGGGGACUAGACAUUGAUGCUAUGAACCAGCACUACACUGUUUAACUUUGUCCACAGCUUCCACUUUUUUCUUCCUUUUUCUUUUUUUAUAAUUUUCCUUUCACGUUGUCUCUGGUACUUCAUUGCCCUGUGUUUCGUGGAUUUUUCUGUUUCUUUUUCUUUUGUUUGGAUCAUUGUAUUUACAUUAACUUUUUAGUUGUUGAAAUUCCAUUGAUUGACAAA